AAACCUAGUUCGUCAUUAUAUCUGCUUCAGAUUUCUCCAUACAAUUUAGGUUAUUCGAAAACGAUACCUGACAUCCCUGCAACAAGCUUCUCUUUGCUCGAAAAACGUCAACUCGUUCAUUCGGGUUUCCGUUCUACUACAAGCAACACCUAUUGAAACAAUGGCGGACGCAGCUCCAGCCCGUGGUGGAUUUAGAGGAGGUUUUGGCUCUCGCGGUGGUGGGGGUCGUGGACGUGGCGGCGGCCGUGGACGAGGUCGGGGUCGUGGUCGCGGACGUGGUGGCAAGGAAGAUUCGAAAGAAUGGGUGCCGGUAACUAAGCUGGGUCGCCUCGUGCGAGACGGCAAAAUCCGCACCUUGGAGGAAAUUUAUCUUUACUCAUUGCCCAUUAAAGAGUUCGAGAUCAUUGAUUUCUUCCUGAACCGUUCGCUUCGGGAUGAGGUAUUGAAAAUUAUGCCCGUUCAGAAGCAGACUCGAGCCGGUCAGCGUACUCGUUUCAAGGCAUUUGUUGCCAUUGGCGACAGUAACGGACACAUCGGCUUGGGAGUCAAGUGCAGCAAGGAAGUCGCUACCGCCAUUCGUGGAGCUAUUAUUCUUGCUAAACUGUCCGUCGUACCAGUUCGCCGUGGCUACUGGGGUAACAAGAUUGGCAAGCCCCACACCGUCCCCUGCAAGGUCUUCGGAAAGUGCGGUUCGGUUCUGGUGCGUCUAAUCCCGGCACCCCGCGGUACCGGCAUUGUUUCCGCACCGGUUCCCAAGAAGCUACUGCAAAUGGCCGGUAUCGAAGAUUGCUACACGAUGACCCGUGGAUCAACUACAACGCUUGGCAAUUUUGCUAAGGCUACUUAUGCGGCCAUUGCUAAGACCUACGCUUUCCUUACUCCGGAUCUCUGGAAGGAUCUUCCGUUGAGCAAAACUCCUUACCAGGAAUAUGCUGAUUUCUUGGAAAAGACCAGCAAGACCGGACAGCGCAUCAUUGAGCUGUAAAAAGCGUCGAUGCGCUCAAAUAAAGUACCUGCUCAUGAUGCAGGUAUGAAAAAAUAAAGCUCUCGAUUGAGAACAAUA